AUGUCGAAAGCAAUUGUUAAAACGACUUUCGAGGCCACCAAGACCCUUCGGCCUAUUUAUACCGGGGGCAGCACAGCUCUUGAUUCCAGUGGGCGCAUUUUGCUCAGCUGUGUUAGUGAAGAUGCGAACAUCGUCGAUUUGGAGACUGGAGACCAGCUCGCCAGUUUGGAGGGAGAUGGCGAAAUCAUCACCAGUUUAGCGAUUACGCCUUCUGCGUCGCAUGCAGUUGUCUGCUCUCGCUCGAUGACAAUGCGCAUUUACGAACUUUCUCCCUUCGACUUCGACGACAAAAGCACCCAAGUCAUCGAGGCCAAACCCAUCCGCACCCUCAAGCCCCACACUUCGCCAGUCGUGACAACUGCAAUUGACCAUACCGGGACUUUGCUGGCUACUGGUGCUGCUGAUGGGUCUAUCAAAGUCCACGACAUUCGGGGUGGAUUUGUGACGCACACCUUCAACGACCGUGGUGUGAUCUCGGCCCUCUGCUUCUUCGAGGUCUCGGCCGCGGACAACGACAAGUCGUCCACUAAGAAGUCCAAGAAAAAGGCGCCAAGAGAUGAUGACGAGGAUAUGGAAGAUGCCGAUCCGACAGUUGGUUUCCGGCUGGCUUCUGGUAGCGAAGAGGGUCGGGUCCGUGUCUUUGACCUGCACAAGAAAAAAGCAGUUGCUUCGCUCGAUUCGCACGUCUCGCUUGUCAGAAGCUUGUCAUUCUCUGCUACAGAAAAUGCCUUGCUCUCGGCCUCGCGCGACAAGACUGUCAUCAUUUACGAUGCUCGCACAUACAAACAACGCCGAAUCAUUCCUGUUUUAGAAUCUGUCGAGGCUGCUUCGUUCGUCGCGGACAGCGGCAUUUGCGUUAUAGGUGGUGAGCACGGAAAGCUCAGGGCUUUUGAUAUCAACCGCGGCAGUGAGAUCACUCAAGAGCAAGAGGGUGGUGAGGAUUUCGAGACGAUCAUUGCUAUUCAGUACUCGCCGGGCUUGCCUUUCGCGAUGACUGUACACGCUGAUCAGACAAUCCGCAUCCAUUCCCUGGAGACUUUGAUGGACUACAAGCCAGGAUUUACUCUGAAACCAUUGACGAUCACUCGACGUAUCUCUGGCAAUGACGACGAGAUUAUUGACUGUGCCUUUGUCGGCCCCGAUCGGUCAAUGCUUGCUCUGGCUACGAACACUGAAAGCAUCCGCAUUGUCUCUGUUGCGCCGUCCGAGGAUCGACCUUCAGCCCAUGGUGAUGACUUCUUUGGCGCUGACGUUGCUUAUCUGGACGGACACGAAGAUAUUAUUAUCGCAAUGGAUGUGGACUGGUCUGGACAUUGGCUUGUUACUGCCGGUAAAGACAACACAGCAAGACUUUUCCGCCUCGAUCCCAAGAACUCGUCAUAUUCGUGCUUCGCGACUCUCACCGGUCACGCCGAAUCACUCGGUGCCAUUGCAUUCCCGCGCUCUCCACCACCGGUUGGUAGCUCUGCAUACAAUGACCCUGCCAACCACCCGCCGGCUUUCCUUGUUACUGGCUCGCAGGAUAAGACUAUCAAGAGAUGGGAUCUUGGCAAGUUGGGCCCGCUCAAUGAUGAUAAGCCUCACACACCGAAGGCUGUGUAUACAAGAAAGGCCCACGAGAAGGAUAUCAACUCCAUUGAUAUCGACUCCACAUCUACCCUUUUUGCCUCGGCCUCUCAGGACCGCACCGUCAAGAUCUUCGAUGCCGAGGAAGGAUCAGCAAUUGGAAUCCUCCGUGGACACAAGCGUGGUGUGUGGGGAGUGCGGUUCUGCCCGAAGAACACACCAGUGAUCAACACUGAAGCCGGCACUAGCACCAACAAAGGUGUCAUUGCAACGGGCAGUGGUGACAAGACUGUCAAGAUUUGGAACUUGGUCGAUUACAGCUGCUUGCUCACAUUGGAGUCUCACUCAAACUCGGUCUUGAAGGUCAUCUGGCUUCCCCCUCCUCAAGUCUCCAAGCAGAACAGCGAAGAUGACGAGGAUGAGGAGGCAGCAGCUAGCAAGCAAAAUGUUCAGACAAGGCCCCUGGUAGCAUCAGCAGGCGCCGAUGGGCUCGUCAAGCUGUGGAACGUGUGGACAGGAGAGGUAGAAUGCACCAUCGACAACCAUACGGACAGAGUGUGGGCCCUUGCCUCCCCUUAUCCUUCUGGCUUCCGCUCCGAUGCCAAACCCACUUCCUCGAAACUCAACACGACCCCCUAUGCUCUUGUCUCUGGCUCCGCGGAUGCCACAGUGACCUGUUGGACUGACACAACCUCUGCCACCUACACUGCUGCCGUCAACGCCAACUCCGAGCGUGUUGAGCAAGACCAACAACUUCAGAACUACAUCCGUGCUGGAGCGUACCGUGAAGCCAUUACUCUGGCUCUUCAACUCAACCACCCUGGUCGUUUGCUGUCUCUGUUUACAACCGCCAUUGAUGCAGCAGAUGACCCCGCUCGCCCAGAGGAGGAGCGUCAAUGUGCAGCUGAUAGCUUGACCGGUAACCCGUCCAUCGACGAGGUGCUUCAAUCCUUGGAUGCUACAAACCUCCGGACCUUGCUGCUUCGUCUACGUGAUUGGAACACCAACGCUCGUACUUCUCUCGUCUCACAGCGCAUCCUCUACGCUUUAUUCCGAUCAUACCCUGCCUCAACCUUUGUCGAACUCGCUACACAAUCCGUCCGCGGCAAGAAUGGCCGUGCGGCGGCAGGUCUCAAGGAUAUCUUGCAGGCUUUGGCCACAUAUACCGAGAGACACUACAAACGCGUCGAGGAGCUGACCGACGACAGCUACCUCGUUGAGUGGGUUCUUGGGGAGAUGGAUGGCGGAGUUGGUCUUGGUGGGCUGAUGAGUCUUGAUCAGAACGGCGCGGAUGGGGAGGGAGAGAAGGAUGUUAUCAUGAUGGAGGCUUAG